UUUUGCCUGACAAAGUUUGCAUACAUGAGCAGCCAUUGAAUGUCCUGUCUUGUUGAAGGAAUCUUGUAGAAGAGUGCAUCAAAUCGAGGUCACCUUUCCUGUUUCUUCACUGAACGCCUCUGUCUCGUGAAUAUCCUUGUUUGUUGUUUUACUUUACAUUAACCUUAAGCCUCUAGGGCCCGGUUUGUCACGACUGUCUACAAAUACUGGCACAGCAGAUGACAGUGACAGGACAGGAGGGGUGUUGUUCGCCUGUCGUCGAUAAGAGAUAAACGUCGUGAAGCGGCUGUCAAAAACAGAUAAAGACGGACUAUAACGGUUCCUAAAAACUGGAAAAUGUAAAAACGCGCUCAUACGCUCGCUAUGCUUACGUGAGACUGCUGCACGUGUGACGUAUUUCAUCCACCUGUAACUCCCCCACACCUAGAGGACGAUAUCGUUUCCCGAUUAAUCGUCGUGAAAACCUGACGACAAUGCGACUUUUAUUCCGCAUGUCGAGAUGUACGCACGGACUGCAUUUUCACAAAAUGCCACAGUCCAGGACAUUGUGUUUCACCGUCUCUGCUGACCCCCGGAGGAGAUUUCCUCCGACCGGGUGGAGGACCUCGUCCUCCCCGCCGACCGGCUUCCUUCUCCGAUCAGUCCUGUCGUCGCUCUCCCGGAGAGAUAUUGCUUCACUCCGCUCAAGCAAAACACGGACACAAUUUCGUACACCCGUUGCCUUUGGAAGCUCCUCGGUGCCCUCCACACCGGUAUCACUGAAGGGACAGACUGACACCGAAGGCGGCCACACACCGACCAAUGUGCCCCUGGAGGACGUUAAAAGAGUUUUGAGACUUGCUCACCCGGAAAGAUGGAAACUAUCAGCUGCUGUUGGCUUCCUGACCAUCUCUAGCGCUGUCACUAUGUCGGCGCCGUUCCUCCUGGGCAAAGUGAUCGACACAAUUUAUACUGCUGGAACAGAUGCGGAAGCUAUGGUGUCCUCCCUCACGUCGCUGUGUCUCGUGUUGACUGGUGUGUUCUUAUGCGGUGGUGCAGCUAAUGCCGCGAGAGUCUACCUCAUGCAGAUUUCAGGCCAACAGAUUGUCCGCAACCUUCGCGCCUCUGUCUUCUCCUCCAUCCUUAGACAAGAAGUAGCCUUUUUCGACAAGAACAGGACGGGCGAGCUGAUCAACCGCCUCUCAGCAGAUACAGCCGUAGUUGGCCGGUCAAUCACAGACAAUCUGUCCGACGGCCUGAGAGCUUUGGCCCAGGCGGCUGCUGGUGUCAGUAUGAUGUUCUACGUCUCCCCCAGCCUGGCAAGCUUCAUGCUCCUGAUUGUGCCCCCUUUGGCAGGAAUGGCUGUGGUUUACGGCCGAUAUCUUCGCUCCAUCUCCAAGCGUACACAGGACGCAUUGGCCCAAGCUACACAGUUGGCAGAGGAACGAAUAAGCAACAUGCGGACUGUCCGAGCCUUUGGUAAAGAACUUUCUGAAGUCAACACAUACACACAGAAGACUGAUCAAGUCCUCAAACUGGCCAGGAGAGAGGCUGUGCUACGUGCCGCCUUCUUCGGAGUGACUGGUCUCAGUGGUAACAUCAUGAUUCUGUCAGUGUUGUACAAAGGAGGCCUUCUAAUGGCAAGCCACCAUAUGACUGUGGGAGAACUCUCCUCAUUCCUUAUGUACACCUUCUGGGUUGGCAUCAGUAUUGCAGGUAUGAGUACUUUCUACUCAGAACUGAUGAAGGGCUUUGGCGCAGGAACGAGACUGUGGGAGCUGCUGGACAGAAAACCUGAGUUCCCUCUUAAUGAGGGUCAAGUUCUUCCUCCAGAGCAACUAAAGGGCCGCUUGGAGUUCCGUGACGUCUCCUUUGCCUACCCGACGCGUAAAGAUGCCCCCAUCUUCAAUGAACUCAAUCUUCUGGUGCCAGCCGGAACAAUCAUGGCUGUCGUGGGACCAAGCGGAUCUGGAAAAUCAACUCUAGUGUCUCUGUUGCUCAGGCUGUAUGACUGCGACUCAGGCAUCAUCACUGUUGACGGCCAUGACAUCAGGGACUUGAAUCCCUACUGGCUCAGAAGUCACAUCGGAACUGUCAGCCAGGAACCAGUACUGUUCUCCUGCUCUGUUAGAGACAACAUAGCAUACGGUGCUACAGACCCUGAUGCCGUGACCACAGAGGAUAUCUACAACGCAGCCCGAGUUGCAAACGCAUACGAUUUCAUCCAGGCUUUUCCUAAAGGCUUUGACACUGUGGUGGGGGAAAAAGGAGUGCUGCUCUCAGGUGGUCAGAAGCAAAGAAUAGCUAUCGCGAGAGCACUUCUAAAGAAUCCUAGGAUCCUGCUUUUGGAUGAGGCCACCAGCGCACUGGAUGCUGAGAAUGAGUUCUUGGUGCAGGAGGCUUUGGAGCGACUCAUGGAAGGGAGGACGGUCGUCAUUAUCGCUCACCGCCUUUCCACCAUCCAGAACGCCAAUGCUGUCGCAGUUCUGGACCAGCAUCGUGUCGCAGAAUGCGGCCAACAUACAGAGUUGCUGGGAAACAGACAGGGACUCUUUCGAAAACUGAUGGAGAAACAAGCUUUUCUCCAGGAAGAGCAGAAACGCGCAAUGAGCUAAUUCCCAGAGAAUAGAUGACAAAUGAGAAAACCAGGUGAGAUAAUCGCUUGGGUGGACUAUGCCUAAUGAACCUGAAGAAUUGACAGUUUACUUCCUUACCUUUUGUCUUUAAAAUGUUAUUCCUUCCUAAGAAAAUGCUAAGAGACACUUCUAAUACUGGGGAUGCUUGUGGUUUUAAAACACUGAUGCCAUGGAUGUAUAAUUCAGGUAUAUUACAAUAUAUGUAAAUGUGUGUAUGCACUGUGUAAAUAACCUUUUUUCAAUACCAGAGGAAUGCUGUCGUCUGCCAGCACACUGAUUUCUUAGAACCGAAGUAAAGAAAGAAGACAUUAUUAUUAAGACAUUCUAAGAAAUGCUACAUGUGUAUUUGUUCUUCUUGUUUUAGCAAACGAAUUAACUUGAAGCUCACACAGAGCCUUUUUAGAGUUAGAGGUGAAAUGAAGCAGCUAUAUCUAUGAUAUUAAAAUAUAGAACACUAUUAUUUUUUUUAAAUGAGCAUAUAUGAUCCCUGAAACAUGCUUUUCUCUAGUACAUUUCUAUAUUAUUACAAGUGCCAACUGUGUUUGUAUUGAGAUGUAAUUGAGUUAUUUUGCUACAGCGAUUCGUAUAUUUACACACUGAAGACAACGAUCAUUGUGAUUGUCAUUUAACCGGUGCGUGUUUCAAAUAUGCUGUCUGGUUAUGACUGAUAGACAUUGCAAUGCUUUCCAUCUCUGGUUUCGUGAUUAUUGUCACGUGCAUUACAAGCAUGUUUAUUAGUUCAUGAUAUUUCUGUUCACCUUAGUUUUUGUGCAUCUUUAGAGGAUUAUUUUCACAUAAAUUAUACAACUUUCAGUGGUGUAUGGAAAUUGAGGUUCUAAUAUAAUGAAUCAUAAAAUACAUACUUUACCUCGAAGAUUUAAGGGUUUUUUGCAAAAAUACCUCUAAUACAAAGGAAACAUUUUUAAUCAUAUCACAAUUCAGUCAUGUUUACCCUUCAAGAAACUAUAAUUGUACAUUUUGAAUCAGCUUUUUUCCAAAGUUUCUGUAUCCCAGCCUAUGACAAUCAUGCUAAUAAGUUUCUUGACUAAAUAUUUUUGCUUUACAUGCACACAUGACUACUGCACAAGAGGGUACGUAGCACACUGUUUAGCAUUAAGUUGAUGAAAAACAUUAUAUUAGUGACUUUUCACUCAUGUUGGCAUGUGUUUAGGCUCAUAAAGGAACAAAUAUUUUAUGUAAAUGUUAAUAUAAAGAUGUCACAUGCUUAAUCUUUACUUGGACUGGUGUGAUUAUGUACAGUACUGUAGAGUCAGAUUAUUUUUUAAUUGUUUUCUAAAUUACAAAACUUUCUCCGAUGUUUUUUUAACCACAGAACUACAAAUCGAAAAUAUAGAGGUGAGAGACACAAAUAUUUAUUUAAUAUUACAUUAUGUAGUUGUCAGACAUCUACUCGGAUCUAUUGUUAUACAAAAAAAAUCUAAUCCUUUGAAAUAACUUCAGUUAAAAUUAAUUUCCAACAGUAGAAAAAUUGUGGUGCUUCAAAACGUAUUUUGAUAAAUGUACCAUUUCCAUAUGUACGUGUCAUGGGUUUCUAAAUGGUCUCUGCUGCACUUGAUCAUAAUUUGCUAAAUUAUUAUAGUUUUGUGUAAACAAAUAAA